CAAAAGAAAAUGAUGAGAUAAACCCCCAAAACCAAAAAACCCUUCCCAAGUCCCAGCUCUCAAACACAAACGCCAUGGCAGCAGUUCUCCGAGCCAUUAUUUCCUCACGCCACCCUCCUCUGCCCUUCUUCCUGUCCAAGCGCUUCAUCACGACCCCUUUUUCGCUGGGACUGGGCUCUCCCUUGGUGGGCCCGGCCCGCUCCCGCCCAUCCCCACUCUCGCACGCGGUCCGAGUCUUCUCCCCCGGCUCCAACCGUUUCAACCCCAUCCGAUGCCGAGUCCAGCGAUCCGGCGGUGACUCGGCUUACUCGCCCCUCAAUUCGGGCUCGAACUUCAGCGACCGCCCGCCGACGGAGAUGGCGCCGCUCUUCCCGGGCUGUGACUAUGAGCAUUGGCUCAUCGUCAUGGACAAGCCCGGAGGCGAGGGAGCCGCCAAGCAGCAGAUGAUCGACUGUUACAUCCAAACCCUUGCCAAGGUCGUCGGAAGUGAAGAGGAAGCAAAGAAGAAGAUUUAUAAUGUCUCAUGCGAGAGGUAUUUCGGUUUCGGAUGCGAGAUUGAUGAGGAGACUUCGAAUAAGCUCGAAGGCUUGCCAGGUGUUCUUUUUGUGCUUCCAGAUUCUUAUGUUGAUGCUGAGAACAAGGACUAUGGAGCGGAACUGUUUGUAAAUGGCGAGAUUGUGCAGCGGUCUCCUGAGAGACAGAGGAGAGUUGAGCCGGUGCCUCAGAGAGCUCAAGACAGACCAAGAUAUAAUGACAGGACCCGAUAUGUGAGGCGCAGAGAAAACCAGCGAUGAGACUGAAGGUGACUCAGGCCCCACCGUGGACAGCUCACGGAGAAAUCCCACUGCUCAGAUAUCUUUGCCGUCCAUACAAAUGUCUUAAAAUGUAGACUGCUGUUAGUCCAACUAUCCUUUCUAUGGAUGGCGACAAUCUCCAAUGAGCGGGUUCUUGCGAUGUGGUCCAUCCAUGGUGAGAUUGUUUCUUUGUGAUUUUGCUAGAUCCAAAUUGAUCAAGAUGGGGCUAUAUUAGAAUGAAUAGAGUGUAGCCAGAUGCUUUAAAUCUUCUCAA